AUGGCCCUAUUGUUGUCUUCGAUUUGCAGAGUUUGCCAACGAAGUGAGCAUCUCAUCGAAGCGACGAAUUUACCUUUGAACGAUGAAGAUGACUUUCUUGGGGAAUUGAGAAAUGGACAAGGAGUCGGAAGUACGGACGAGACCGUGAUCGAGAAUCCAAACUUAGAGAGCACAUCUGCUGGCACCGCGAGAAUCGGCCGAAAAAGAGAACAAAAGUUAACGGAGAAAGGUAAAUCCUAUAAACUUGCUCGAGAUGUCCGUGAGCGAAGGAAACUCAAGAGAGAAACAAAGGCGCAAAUUGCUAAUAUUCAAACACUCAUGGGACUGAAUAGAAACCUGGAAAAAUUCAGUCAGCAAUGCAUUAAAUUAAAUGAACGAUUCAAAUUGUUUGGGGAUCUUCAUGAAGAGAUCCAGGACUUGAAUCAGUUGGCACUUUGAAUCCUCAUGCACCAGAAUUUGUCCAUUCUUCCCCAUCACCUUUACAAUCACAGGCUAAUACUGAUUUGAGCUCAGCUACCCAACUCGCAGACAAACAUAAAGAUUGUACUGCUGUACAAAAUACUUUGUCGAGAAUCAUCACCAGUUGA